AUGCCGAUGCUUCCCCCUACCUUGCCAAAGCUCCCGAUUAGCGAGGAGAACAAGCCCCGUGAAAAUGGAGGUCGCCCCCGAAGCACCAACCGGGAACCCGAUGCCGUGAUUGGCCGCAGCAUGCGCACUGGUGAAGAUGUGAUCGAGAAAAAGCCGGGCGAGUUCGAGGGCACCCAGUCCGGAAAAGUCGUCCGCGAGGCCAACCUGGCUCGAAAAAGAUCGAAAAUGUCGUUCAUGCCCACUGAACAACCCCGCGACGCCGAGGAUCGCCAGAUCCACGACCCCCAUGUCGAUGCCUUCCAGCCGCCAGAGGGCGACCGCGACAGGCGCGACGUCGGCCGCAAGAGCGGAGCCAUCAAGGAUGAUAAGGAAUCUGUCGGAAUCAACAUGCGCAACGGAGCUGAGGUGAGGUCGGACUCGUCAGGUCGCCUUCAUGAUGCGCACUCCGGGAUGGGAGUCUCCGAAGAAGAGAUCUGCCUCUAC